AUGCAGUCUACCCGACCCGAGAUGGAUGGUUUAUCGUCGGAACCCGCAAUAAAAGGUUCUACGAUUUUCGGUUGUCCGACGGACAAUUCUCAGGCGAUUCAGGCUCAGAGUAAAGCUCAGCUGAGCCCGGAGGAACUGGUGGCUAAAGCUAUAGCUCCAGUAAAAAGAGAAUUUCUCCGUCCACCACCCGUCAGGUCCAGCAAUAACAAUACAAAUACCGAUAGAAUAAUAACUGAUGGAGAAGAUGCAGUUUCAGAGUCCAAGCCGGCUCCCAUUCUUCAGGAGAAGAAAUCCAAACGCCAGCUCAAACGUGAACGUCACCAGGAACAAAAAUCCGGAGCGCACCUCUGUAAUGUGGUAGCGAAAAGUGGAAAUGUCAGUUCCUGCCCUUAUAAAGACAAGUGCCGCUUCAGCCAUGAUGUGGAAGCAUUUAAAGCUCAGAAACUAGAUGAUUUAGAGGGUUCCUGCCCUUUCUUGGAUAAUGAGGGACCAUGUCCUUAUGGGCUGUCUUGUAGAUUUUCUGGCACGCACAAGGGUGGUGAUGAUGUUCCUGCUGUAAUUACGACCACAAAAAAGAACAGCUCGGAACUGAAUGUGUUGAACAAAGAUGUUCAGAAGCUUUUGUGGAAAAACAAUAUGAAGUUCCCAAAGGCAGAUAAUAUACUGAAACUUCUUGGGCUUCAUGGCCCUGGAAAAAAGGGAAAAUCGAUGAAUAAUGUGAAAGAUGACCAGAUUGCUGCAAAUGGACGUGUAGAUGUUGAUGGCAAUGGCAGUUGUAACGUGGCUCUUGAAGCCAACAACGAAGUGGAAUGCUCUCCAGAAGUCUUGGAAGAAGAUAAACCAGAUGAGGUCCAGUUGGAAAAGGGAAAAGCGAUGGGUAACGAGAAAUAUGACCAAAUUGUUGCUAACGGAGCUGGAGUUGUUGAUGGUGAUGGCAGUUGCAAUUCGGCUUCUGAAGCCACAAAUGAAGUGGAAUGCUCUUAUGAAGCCUUAGAAGAUCAUAAACCAGAUGAGGAAUCCGUGGCUGAUGAACUUAGACCCUUGAAAAAGGCUAAAUCUUCAGUCAAUGAUACGUGUUCAGUAGAAGUGGACAGCGAUCCAAGUGUCCAAGUUAAAGAUGUGGACAAAAGCUGUACACAAAAUGAACAAACAACGGUCACUGAACAUACCUUGUCCGACACUGAUAAAAGCUUAAAGUUACACCUGCGUGAAAAAAAGCUCAUUGAUUUCAGAGACAAGCUCUAUCUCGCUCCCCUUACGACAGUAGGAAAUCUACCAUUUCGCAGGGUUUGCAAGUUUCUAGGAGCCGAUGUGACAUGUGGUGAGAUGGCAAUGUGCACAAAUCUUCUGCAGGGUCAAGCUUCAGAAUGGGCUCUGCUAAGACGACAUUCAUCAGAGGAUCUCUUUGGUGUUCAGAUAUGUGGGGCAUAUCCAGAUACAGUUUCAAGAACUGUCGAACUUAUAGAGAAGCACUGUACAGUGGAUUUUGUAGAUAUUAAUAUGGGAUGCCCAAUUGAUAUUGUUGUUAACAAGGGUGCUGGUUCAGCCCUUCUUACAAAACCGAUGCGAAUGAAAAGUGUCAUAGAGGCAUCAUCUAGAGCGGUUGAUACACCAGUAACCAUUAAGGUACGAACUGGUUAUUUUGAGGGCAAAAACCGCAUUGACUCACUAAUAGAAGAUUUUGGAAACUGGGGGGCCACUGCAGUAACAAUACAUGGUCGAACACGUCAGCAACGCUACAGCAAACUUGCUGAUUGGGAAUACAUCUACAAGUGUGCAAGAACGGCCCCUCAUAAUCUACAAGUCCUUGGAAAUGGUGAUGUGUUCUCUUAUUUAGACUGGAGCAAUCACAAGUCCAACUGCCCCGAGCUCUCUUCUUGUAUGAUUGGUAGAGGGGCAUUAAUUAAGCCCUGGAUAUUCACUGAGAUAAAGGAACAGAGGCACUGGGACAUAAGUUCAGGAGAGCGGUUGGACAUUUUGAAGGAUUUUGUACAGUUUGGCCUUGAACACUGGGGUUCGGAUACAAGAGGAGUGGAAACGACAAGGCAUUUCUUGCUGGAGUGGCUUGGUUACACAUGCAGAUACAUACCUGUUGGUCUCUUAGAUGUUAUCCCACAAAGGAUUAAUUGGCGGCCACCUGCAUAUUUUGGUCGUGAUGACCUCGAGACACUAAUGGCCUCUGACUCAGCUGCCGACUGGGUUAGGAUCUCCGAGAUGCUACUUGGCAAGGUUCCCGCUGGGUUCACAUUUUCACCCAAGCACAAGUCUAAUGCAUACGACAGAGCAGAAAACGGCUAA